AUGUCAACCGUUGGCGGUUACGUAGACUUGAAAGCAGUGCGCCUUUAUGACUCCCAAAACUACACUGGCUCGUAUAAAGAAAUAUUAACGCCAGAGCCUCGAUGUGAAAACUUUACAACUCCGAUCCGAGUAUCGAGUGUGACAGUAUCAACGCAAGACAUAAAGGUUGACUUUUUCAGCGAGACAAAUUGCCAGGGAAAGAUAUUGGCUAAUUCAGUGGGAAAUCUAGCACAAGUGGGGGGCCAAGAAGGACUAAUGGUCAAAAGUGUGAGUAAUCUACAAUACAUAUAUGUACAUAAGAAUAAGUGUGGUGUGGCGGUUAUCGAGUCUUUUGAAUCGGGGCAUGGGCUAAAGUCAAUCUCUUGGUUAAAGUGUACCGAUAAGAAAAGAGAGGGAAAUAAAGCGAAAACCUGA